AAACUCAAGACGUCGCCACACCACCAAACUUUUCUACACAAACAAACAGAGGCAAACUCAAGACAUCACCACACCACCAAACUUCUCUACAUGAGAUGGAUCCUGCCUAUAGAGGUUACAUGAACAUUUUGAAGCAAGGCUCCUCUAGCCAGCAUUCAGGGAGCAGUACACAGGACUCCCCUCCUCAAAUCCACUCAACAUUUCCCCAAGCACAUCCUACCCAUUCCUCCCAAUCCCUGUCACCUAAUUUCCACAAUUUUCACCCAUUUGGGCAGCCAGCCAACUAUCAAGUAUAUGGCAAUUCUCCUCCAAGCUUUCUUGGUUUUCAGCAGCAAGGAAAUUGGCAACAAUCUAUACCAAUAAGCUUCCAAGGUUUUCGUCCUCAAGGAUUUCGUCCUCAAGGUUUUCAGCAGCAAGAAAGUUGGGGGUACUCACCAAAUCAAGUUGUUGGAUCUCCUUCUUCUCAUGGAUCCGAAUCAGCCUCUCCAUGCCCUGCAACACAAGAGAAAAACUUCAUUGCUGUAGAAGAUUCAAGCGGUGGUGAAGAGGAAAAUUUGAUACAAGAGGCUGGGGGAAGAGAAGAGGGGGGGAGGAGAGGUGUAAGGCUGAACUGGACAGAAGAGGAGAACAUAAGGCUCCUUAGUGCUUGGGUAAACAACUCAGUGGAUCCCAUAGAUGGAAAUGACAAGAAGUUUGAUCACUACUGGAGAGCUGUAACUGCAGAGUUUAACAGCAAUACACCAAGCAAUGACCGCAAAAGGACAGUUGUGCAAUGCAAGUCACAUUGGAAAGGUGUCAAGAAGGAGGUAACAAAAUGGUGUGGAGUCUAUUCUCAAGUUACAAGCACUUGGAGGAGUGGAGAGUCCGAUGAUAUGAUAAUACAGAGGGCUCAUGCGUGGUUUAAGUCACAAAACAACGAGAAACCAUUCACAUUAGAGUAUAUGUGGAAGGACCUAAAGGGUCUACCAAAAUGGCAAAGAAUCGUUGAGGAGGAGAACACCAACAGCAAGAGGACUAAGAUUUCAGAAUCAGGUGCAUAUACAUCAUCAUCCAACCAAGAUACUGAAGAUGAAAGUAGACACAAAGAGAAGCGUCCUGAGGGGCAGAAGAAAGCAAAAGCCAAGCUGAAAGGGAAAGGGAAAAAAUUGCCAUCAUCUCCUUUGGGGGAUCAGCCUUCUCAAGACUUUGUUCUCUUCAACGAAGCUAUAAAAGUGAAAGCAGCAGCAAUGCAAAAAUGGACAGAAGUAGCAUCUGAAUCAACAAAAGCAAAGCAGUCACAGACUAGAAGAGAUCUGUACCAGACAUAUGCAAAAUUGGUGGACAAAGACACUUCUAAUUUUACUGAAAAACAGCUAAAGAGGCAUGAAGAUAUCCUGGAGAAGUUAGCUCAAGAAAUUUCUGAAGCAUAA